AUGAUCCGUAAUCCAAUGGAGGAAGUUAAAAAAAAGGAAACCGCGAACAACGGGAAUGGUGGGCUACGCCGCCAUAUCUCUGGUAGAUGGAUAUCUAAUGUUCCUAGUUAUGAAGGAAAUGAAUGGAGUAGCGAAGAAUCAGAGCCAGAAGAGAAUGAAAGCAAUCCUACCAGCACUGAUUCAGUCGCGAAUUUGAAAUCUAACGAGAUAACUAAACAUGAGCUUGAAGAUCAGAUUUCGGAGGUUUCGGAGGAAGACGAAGAGAAUGAAUCUGAUGCUGACACGUCUGACAAUGAUUAUGAAUUUGACGAAUCUUCGACCUUCAUAUAUCGCAAAGAAGCAUCUGGUAGCCAAGAAACUCUGGCUACAAAACAUGUUACAGCUGAUGAAAGUGCAAAAAUGUGGGCUGAAAAGCGCAGAUUGUUGCUACAGCGACUAGGGAAGAACCCAGAUUCUAAACCAGCUGAUUAUACAGCAACGUACAUGUCUGCAAACGUCAAACCGCGUGCAUCACCUUUAGCUGAUAACGGAAAGUUCGAAAGAGGAAUGACCACUGCUCCACUUAGGAGUGUAAGCGAUGCGACAUCAACCAUAUCAAAUGUGCCUUCUCGUAACCGAAAUGAAUCAUUCAAUGAUGAACGUGAAAAUGAAGAUAUUACCCAUAACGUACUUAAAGACUCAAAACAGCUUUCACCUUUUACUCCACAAGAUACCAACAAGACACGCCCUUCACGUCCUUCAUCGAAUUUUUAUCCACCUACGGAAAACAGUACUGACGAACCCCUGCAGGAUGAAACUGUUCUUCGUGAACAGUCUUUUGAAAAGCCUUUGCAUACUGCCAAUUCGUCCCAAGCAGAUAUAUAUUAUGAAAACCCUUAUUCUACUAGCUUCAACCAACAAAGACCUAUUGAACAAACAGAAUAUCACGAUUCAAAAUCAUUCAUUGGUGAAAAGGGAGGUGAAGAGACAUCCAGAGAUUUUAAGCAUCCUCAUGAUGCACCUUCAAUUUUGCAUAGCACAGAAAAUGAAUCCACUCAAUAUUUAGACUCGGAGAAUGAUGAUAACCCUUAUAUUUUGUCUCCGAUGAAGAUUGAUGAAACUCGAAAUUACACACAAGUUUUGAACAACUCUGAAGUUGAGAAGUCAGAAAACCCGGCGGUUGAGACUUCAAAUUCCAUAUUAGGAUCUCCAGCGCCCAAAACUUUUGAAGAAAAGUUUUUCCAGAAGGAAGAUGAUCUAAAUGUUCCAUUAGUUGAGUCUCCUGAACAAAGUUACGUGGCUUUGAAUGAAGCUGACGAAACUUCCGUGCAUUCUAAUGCGAAUAUCACAUCUGCUCGAUCAUCUGAGUAUGAUGAUACUCAAAGUAAGCAGAAUAAUAGAGCAAGUAAUUCUGAGUCUCCAUUUUUGUAUUCUCCUCAUAAAUCGGGAGAGAGUGGGUUUAAGAACGACGCAGCCUCAACUUCAGAUCUUGAGAAUAUUUCACAAGAUGCGGCUGCUUCUUCCGAAGAAGAAAUGAAGUCUACUCAUUCAAAAAGUUUAGAGAGUUCAGAUGGUGCUAACUCACUUCUCACUAAGGAUGAUGCAAUUGAUCCUCCUCUUAAUCAUCCUCUGUAUACACUAGUUGGAAAGACUGAAAGUAAUUCUAAUGUUUUUAAGUCAAAUGCAGAAAAAACUGUCUCAGGCCUAAAAAUUCAUGAAAAUGGUAAUCUUCCUUUAACGGAGAAGAAAGCCUCCGUAUUUAAUGCUGGUUCGCUUUCUGAGACUAUGUCGAUAAAUUCGAAGGCAUCCAGGUUACCGGAAAAUGAAUCAAACGAAAAUGAUGAGAAUUUGGAAAAUCUGUAUAGCUAUUUGUCUGAUGAGACUGAUCAGAAUGUUUCGAAACUAAACGCUAACGACCCAUUUUGGUCUGAGGGAUUACAAGAUGAUUCACAAGGCGUAAAGGCUAUUGAAAGUACGGAUUCGCUCCAUGAUCAUUUACCAACCAUUAGUGAGGGUGGUGCUAGAAAAACUAUUUCUGAAUCUGCUAGUUCAGUUGCUGAGAACGUAGACAGCAAAGAUACUACCUUGCCUUUGCCUGAUGUCUCUGAAGGUAGCCGACGAACUUCAAUUAAUAAAGAAGAAUUAGAGAGAGCAGCUUUAACGAGAGGUUCACUACCAUCAAUUCCUGGCAAAACCAAUGACCAAAAAUCAGCUGAACCAUCCACCGUUGAUAGCCCAAGAAACAGUGCGGUCUUUGUAUCUAAAGCGUCUGAGUUGAAGAAGCCUGAAACUGAAGAAAAGCCUAGCAAAAUAACGCAAGACAAAAGUCCCCUUUACUUCGCUUCCUUUGAAGCAUUCGUUAAAAGUCCUUUGAUAUCCAUUAAGGAAGUGAAUAAUUUAGGAUCUACAGACCACAGAUGUAAUUUUUACAAUCGCAAGAUUGAGGAGCUACGAAACUAUGAUUCGGGUUUAGAUAGUUGGAUUGCAUCUUCUCAAGAGAAUAAAGAGGACGUAUCUUCCUCUAAGACUUUUUCUAGACCUGUUCAAAUGGAUUACAAUAAAAAAUAUCCCAUUCGUGCUCCUAGUCCGGCCAAGUCUUCAGGAUCCAUGAAGCAUAAUAUAGCAGCGGAAGCUAGAAAGAAGUCUAAAUCCGCUGCUAAUGAUUUCCUACAAAUUUUUAAGAAAAAAGGGAAAGCUGGCACAGAUAACACAUCGAAAGAUUCAAAAGAUUUAAAAGACGUAAAAGGCAAAAAGAAGUUUUUCGGCAAGAAAAUCGGAUUUAAAUCUUGA